GGCCUGGAGCCGAUGUAAUCGAUUUUCGGUUGAGGCAGGUGAAGAGGCUGUUUCACUGGUCGAGGCGUGUAAAAUGGUCUCCGUGUCUUUCAAAGAUAAAAUUGAUCACAUUUUAGGAAUACUUCUAAGAUGAUCAAAACAAAGCCGCACGAGUUCUGCGGUGCGCUGCUCGGAGCUUUAAAUGCAACCAAGCCGAACGCCAAGCUUCUUCACAGCAGGCUUACUGUGUUCCAACAGGGAACCGGCAGACGGCAGGAUUCGUUCUGCUCUGUGCGGGAACCAGGCCUCUCCAGUCUCACCUGGACCCGAGGACUGCUUGCCAUGAAGCUGCUCGCCCACAUCCCGUGUCUCUGCCUGGCCCUGGCUCUGGCAUGGGCCGAGACGCAUGACGCACACACAUCAGUUGUCCUUGACCGUUGUCAAGGCCUUGAGAUGGACGCUGUUGCAGUGAACGAAGAGGGAGUCCCGUACUUUUUCAAGGGUGACCAUCUGUUCAAGGGCUUCCAUGGCAGUGCAGAGCUGUCUAAUGAGACCUUUGCAGAGUUGGAUGCCCAUCACCACCUGGGCCAUGUAGAUGCUGCUUUCUUCAUGCACUACGAGGACAACCCCUCCGACCACGAGCAUAUGUUCUUAUUCUUGGACAACAAGGUGUUCAGCUAUUACCAACACAAGCUGGAGGAUGGCUACCCCAAGGACAUCUCUGAGGUCUUCCCUGGAAUCCCUGACCACCUGGACGCUGCUGUGGAGUGUCCCAAGCUAGAGUGUGAUGAAGACUCCGUCAUCUUCUUCAAGGGAGACGAGAUCUACCACUUCAACGUCAGAACCAAGGCUGUGGAUGAGAAAGAGUUCAGGUCAAUGCCAAACUGCACAUCUGCUUUCCGCUUCAUGACUAGCUAUUACUGCUUUCACGGACACAUGUUUUCCAAGUUUGACCCAAAGACCGGUGCCGUGCACGGCAGAUACCCCAAAGAGGCACGCGACUACUUCAUGAGAUGCUCAAAGUUCAGUGACGAGAGUGACCACGUGGAGAGAGAGCGCUGCAGCCGUGUUCACCUUGAUGCCAUCACAUCUGACAGUGCCGGAAACAUAUAUGCCUUCAGAAGCCACCAUUUCAUCCAUAAAGAUGAGGGCAAUGAAACACUGACGGCUGACACUAUCGAGAAUGCCUUCAAGGAGCUGCACAGUGAGGUGGAUGCAGUUUUCUCUUAUGAGGAUCACAUUUAUAUGAUCAAGGAUGACCAGGUAUUUGUCUACAAAGUUGGCGAGCCCCACGCCCCCCUGGAUGGUUAUCCUAAGCCUGUGAAGGAGGAGCUGGGCAUCGAGGGUCCCAUUGAUGCUGCAUUUUUCUGCGAGGCUCGUCCAGUGGUCUACAUUAUCAAAGCUACGUGCCCAAUGGCCCUGCUUGCCACAGGCGUAACAGGCGUCCCAAUCACCAUGUGGUCGGCCACGUCCUCUUCCCCGUCCACCAGCUCCUCCCCUCCGGCCACCCCCCCUGCCUCAUUCUGCCUGAAAAUACACAGUCUCUCCUUCCUCAUCAGUGAACACAAAAGCCUGUGCCUUUUUUGUCUUUCCCUUAUUUUUAAAAUGACUUUCAGCGUGUUUGCAAAGCUCUAGAACACUUGCCAAACAUCCGGUCCGAUAAUCUAUCCUAUGUUUCAUCACAAAGCUACUGAUUUGAGGUUGUACUCCUCUGAGGAGGGCAUUUUUGAGCUGUUCUUCAUACGGACUGUCAUUAUCCAUGUUUGCAGGUGGGAUGACUCCACUAUGUGUGUCAAAGGCUUCUUUAAGUCUAGAGUAAUAAUGCUCUACGUCGUCAUCAUCUUUUUGAAUACAUCUGUUUACUUCAGUCCAGUCUGCUCUUGCCUGAUAUUUAGCUGCAAUUCUUUGCAUUAAAUCUCGCACUCUUCCUCUCAAUUCGGCUGAAUUAUGCUGCAACGGAGUUCCGUUUGCCGCAUUUGGGUUCCAGUUUCCACAGAUUAAACACCAGUCUGGUCCCAUUACUUUUCUCACUGCCCAUCCUCCAUUGCAUCUAUAACUUGUAUGUAGAUUUCCUAUCUGUGUUUGAAAUUCGCCUGGUUUUGUUUUUGGAUGAGGUAUGCCUUCAGUCGCCUUUGCUACAUCAUCAUUGGUCCAGGGUCUAUGUACAAACAUUGUUAGAUUUUGAUCAUCUCCAUGUGGAUUUGGCACUUCGAUUAGUGGAAGUGUUUCUGUCUCCUCUGCAUGAUAAGUUCGUAGACUUUUAUCUUGAUUUAAAAGUUUCCAGACAGACCCUGCUUGUCCCGAUCUUAAAUUUCUUCCUUCAUCCACUCACUUCAUUUUUAAUUGGGGUAACUGUGGGCACAGCUGCGGGUGCCGGUACUGCAACUAUUCAUUGGACUUGUCUGUUCUAACUGUCUCAAGUCAGGAUAUUCUGCAGACCGUGUCUGCCUAUGGUCUGGGUAGGGUGGAGGAUCUGGCAUUGGUCCCAAUGGGGGGUCUGGUCUGUGACUUCUCCUUACUACAUUGUCAUCUUCUCUGUCAGUGAAGGCCAUUACUUCAGUCUUUGUUUCAGUCUUUGUUUCUGUCUUUCUAUCUUCUUUACCCUUUUUUUUAUCCCUCCUUGCCUUCUCCUUGCUUCUGGUAACCCGUUUCUUGCUUGCAUAAGACCUUUUUUACUCUUUUUAUGCCUUCCCUUAGUUUUUUCUUCUAUUUCCUUUACCAACUCUUGACAGUUGCUUGUUACUAACUUUCCUGAAAACCUGUACUUCUUAUCCCAUUUUCUUAAGAAUUUUAUGUUAUCCUGAUGCCUUGUGAACAUUAAUUUUGUUUCUCCAGUGAGAUUAUUACUGUUUUUUUUAGAACAACAACUACUGCAAUUCCCCAUUUUCUUACUUGUGGCCAACCAGUUUGUAUGGAGUUCACCCGAGCAACUGGUCCUAUUUGAUGAGUGCCGCUUCAGUUAUCACCGCCAGGUUUCCAAGGCCAGAGAGUUUGUUGACACCGUGAGGUUUCCCCUCUCUGUUACUCAUUAAGACACCACAUUUUCAGAAAAUACUUUUAGUAAACCUAGUUUACUACUUAUAGUUCCCUGAACUAUUUUAGGCCAUAUUUUUUCUCUCUAUUUUUAACGUGCGCACAGAGCUUUUUAUUCCUGUAGUCUUUUUCACAUAGACUAUGGACUAUUGGUCCUACUCGACCCUUUUACCGGGGGACUUCAGCCACUUGGGGAGGUAGCAGACCUCUCUUUCGCCACCAGGGGACUCAAACCCCUGGGGAGAUCCCUGAUCUCUAUUUUUAAGAUCCCUGAUCUUAUUUUAAAAUCCUACUUUAUGAAUAAGAUGUCCUGGUAGCACUGUUCGUGGAUCUCGUCACCCUUCCAUAGUCCACCAGUUCUUGGCCUCUUUUUAACAGCAAAACUCUCUGCUGGAGGUCUUUUCAUUGGGGAGUCCCGGACUCCCCCAUGCACGGUUCUCAGGUCCUGUUGGUCUGGACAGUGGAGAGGCUGUUGAGAUCCGGCUCGAAGGACCAAGUUGAUAGGAACAUUUCUAAAACAAACUCAGGAACACCAUCUGAAAUUCACAAGAGUAGGUUGUUUGUUCUUAUGGCUUCGGCAAAUGUUCAAAAAUACAGAGUUCACAUGAGACUUUUUAUAAUGCCAGAUGGGCAGAGGCUUGCAUUCUCGCUGACAUAUAUCGCACACAUGGUGAAGAUAGUUCUUUGCUUAUCGUACAGGAAUAGACAAGUGAGGAACAAGAAUGCCCUUUUCCUCUCUGGUAUUCACUUCCUCCCCUGGGCACAGCCUCUGUCAUCAUUAGAUAGUUGCACAGACUCUCACAAAAGUAGUAACACGAAGUCAAUACGAGGUGAUUACAUAGUCAUGAGCAUAAAUGGUAAGAAUUUUUCCAACAGUUAAAUUUGGCAUAAAAGAUUGUUUGAGAUCGAAAAAUUCGAACAGGAAAGGCAAGAAUUCUGAUGAGAGAACUAUUCCCCCGUUAAUAAACACACAUGAACGUUAAUCUUAGUUAUAUUAACAAUAACAGAAUUUUACUAUUAAAGGGAAAGGAGGGGUUGGUAAAGGGAGCUGUUAACUGGUAUCAGCAGUGUAACAGUGAGAAAUGUCAGGUUAUGAUGGCCGUGCUGUACACCUGUAUGAAUAGGAUGUUAACAGUCUGCUGGUAGCCGAGCACCUGAUGAAUGAACCACCGAUGGAGGAUCUGUUUUUAAUCCUCUCUUUUCCAAAAAACUCUGCAGUUUUAAAUUUCUCUUAUUAUCACAAACCCUUGAAAAGCUUUUGAAAAUGUAGUGUGUUUUUGCAACACUUGAACAACAUUGGCCACUGAGUGUGAUUGAGGUUAUAAUACCUGUACUUGAGUGAAACCAAUAAGUUCCUUCAAGAGCUACCAAGUAAGGAUUGAUGUGGUGAUUAACAAGUCAGAAAGCGGUGUUUAAAAUGACGUUAAAUAUAGUUGAAAUGUGAAGGUCUUUUUACCCAUUUAAGCGGCAUGUUUGGCUCUAUGGAUGAUGAUGUUGGUUUUUCAGUCAGUCCACCAAUUUGUUUCCUCUGAAAUAGCACAACUACUUUUGGAUGGAUUGCCAUGAAAUUUUGUACAGACAUUCAUGAUCCCCUGAGGAUGAAUCCUACUGGCUUUUUAUUUAGAACCACCAGGAGGUCAAAGUUUUCACAUAUCCUGAACAUGUACUUGAUGGCUUGGCAAUAUAUUUUAUACCGACAUUCAUGGCUCCCAGACUAUAUGUCUUAAUGACAUUAUUGAUCCCUUGACUUCCUCUACAACCACCAUGAGGUUCACAUUUGUUGGUAUGAGUGAAAUGUCUUAACAGCUUUUGGAUGGAUUGCCAAGAAAUUCCCCUCAGAUCACUUGUUAUCACUUUGGCGAUCCACUGUCUUUUCUCUAGUGGCAUCAACAGGUCAAAAUUUUAAUUUGGUACAACAUUCAUGCCCCCCUCAGGAUGAAUUUUAGUAAAUGUAAUAAGUGACCUUUGGUGACGAUUUUUUUUUAAUCUAGCACCAACAUCAGGUCAAAAUUUGCCUAGUACUUUAAUUUAUGACCAAAUAUCUGCAAAAUUAAUGACAUUCCCAUCAGCCUCAGCUGUACUAGCAUUUAGCUCAAACAGCCUCACAAAGCCACUAGCAUGACUGUAGAGGACCGAAUUUCAAUAUGUACUUACUUAGAUAUUUUACCCUUUUUGAGCUUUCCACAGUUGAUAAAUAGAUAUAGUAACCUCUAACAUGUCCUCCUGCCUGCUGUCCUCCAGGUCUGAAGCUCUAUGAAGUGGAAAUGAAGGCCAGCCCUCGUGUUGUAGGCAAAGAGUAUCCAAUUAACCUCUUCAAGAAGGUCGAU